AUGGCUGAUCAACAACUCAAUUCAAGCGAAGAACAACGUCGACAUGAAAUGAACAUUGCAUUAACACAAUAUCGAGAUAAUUUGUUGACUGACCACAUUCGAGAGAUUGGUGAAUUGCUCAAAAUGAAUAAUGGAAGUUUAACAAAUGAUUUUGUGACAAAAACAUUGACUCGUGCGAAAACUCUGGCUGCCAUUCGACAACUUGAUCCAAGUCAAAAUGUUGAAUUAAUUCGAUUUUUGUACGAAGCUGUGUUAAGUGCUCGAUUUGAAGGAAAAUCGACAAGUAUCACUAUCGGAUAUUCUGGAAAUAUAUAUUCUUUGAAUUCGACUCACAAAGAACCAAUUCGUUUUCCACUAAACUAUUCGAUGGCAAUGGAAAUCAUACGUGUUGCUAUUAUCUUCGGUCCUUCGAACGAUGAUCUUAUACCGAGUUGGUGUGAUGAUAUUGAGGUUGCAGUUGAAGUCAACGAUGAACCUUCAUGA